CCUCUAUUUUCGCAGAAAUGUUUUCGAAACGUCUCCUUCUCUGACCAAGCCCGUACCCGAUGAAUCUUGACGUCCCGAGUUCACCUCACACAUAUUGGGGAAGUUUCCUAGGCGUACCCCCGAAUCUGGCCAUCUGCCACUUCCUCCUCCUCGUCCUGGAACUUCUCUUCGUAUGAACUCCUUUUCACGGAAUCCGAUUCCGUUUUUAUUUUCUCCGAUUCAAGCGAGGAACAAGAGCUACUAGUAUCGCCAAAUCUACACGACUUGUGACGAAUUCCUGCGAAUUUGAAACUCGAUAAUCCCGCAGCACGACAGUUACGAGAGGUGGAUACGAGGAAGUGGUGAGUUAAAGAUACGACAAGUAUUUGAGAGCAUAGAAGAGUUCAAGGAAGCUGUCUUGGAAUAUGCUUUAAAAGGAGGAUGGAAUGUCCAGUAUACUAGAUGGGGAAAAGUAAAAUCUGAGGCUCGAUGUGGAGUUCCAGUUGAAGAAGGUGAAAAACGGUGUCCAUGGAGGAUUUAUUGCUCUUACGAAGAACCAAUUGCGCAGUGGAUGGUGAAGACUUUACAGGAUGAGCAUAAUUGUUUUAAAGACGGCGAUUGCAGGAUUUUGUCGGAGUCUCUUAUAGCCAAGUUAUUUUUAAACGACAUAAGGAAUGACCCCAAUUUCAGACCGAAAUGCAUUCAAGAACAAAUUCAGGAUCGUUACAAUCUGGUAGUAACAGGUGAUAAAUGCAGAAAGGCAAAGAAAAUAGCUUUGGAUAUCAUCCAGUCAGAGUUCGAAGAACAACACGCAAGGAUAAAAGACUAUGAACUUCAUAUUUUGGAAUCAAAUCAGGACUCGACUACGGAUCUUAGAACAGCCAUUGCAGAUGGUGGACUAGAAGUAUUUGAUAGGUUUUAUGUGUGUUUCGCUGCGUUACGUCAGACGUGGAUUAAGCAUUGUCGGCCAAUCUUCGGCAUUGAUGGAUGUUUUCUGAAGUCAACUACGAAAGGGCAACUACUUGCAGCUGUGGGACGAGACGCAAAUAAUCAGAUAUUUCCUAUUGCGUGGGCGGUUGUUAAUGUGGAAGAGACCGAGAGCUGGGUAUGGUUUAUCCAGCUUCUGAAAAAAGAUUUUAAUCUUAAAAAUGGUGAUGGAUUCACGCUUGUAUCAUACCGACAAAAGGGACUGUUAAAGGCAGUGGCACCAAGAGUUACCAAAGGUUGAGCAUCGAAUGUGUGCUAGACACGUCUAUGGAAACUUGAAAAAAGAUUUUCCAAAGCAGCCGAAGAUGAAAAAAUUGUUUUGGCAGCUAGUAGAGAGUCACAACAAGGGUGAUUAUGGCAUCAGUUUGGCUAACAUAAAGGAUUUCAACGUUGAUGUGUAUGAUGGAGUGAUGAAGAGGAACCCAGAAACCUUUAGUCGGGCAUACUUCAAGACCACAUCAACAUGUGAGGAUGCACUGAACAACUUCUCAGAGUCAUACAACAGUGCAAUUGAGAAGGCCCGUGCCUUACCUUUGGUUGAGAUGCUUGAGACCAUUAGAAGACAAGCAAUGCUCAGGAUAGACAUAAGGAAGAAUGAGUCACUGAAGCAUAAAGGAAAGUUCAGUCUUAAAGUUGGUAAGGUCAUUGCUAUUGAAGAGCUUCACAGAAAAUAUUGUAGGAUCUAUCCUGGACCAACGGGACAGUUUGAAGUUAAAGAGAAGUCAGUCUCAUAUAAAGUCAACAUGAAGUCGCACACAUGUGCUUGUAGAAGGUGGGACUUAUCAGGGAUACCAUGCCGCCAUGCCUUGCGUGUUGUCCAGGAUAAGAAGACAUACAGGACAGAAGAUUUGAUCUCACAUUGGUAUCUGACAUCUACAUGGCAGGCUCAGUACUCAGAUAACAUUAAACCAAUGAACGGUAUGAAGUUUUGGAACACAAGUGGUGAAGAAACUAUUGAACCACCAGCAAGAGAUAAAUCAAAGGGCCGGAAGAAGAACCCUGCUAAGCGUAUGAAGAGUGUUCAUGAGUCUCCAACGAAGGGUAAGAAAGUGACCCAACACUCGAGGACAAUGCAUUGCUCUCGAUGUGGGUUGGCUGAUCACAAUUCUCUAGGAUGUUCUAAUGGUGGAGUUCCACUUAAGCCUCGCCCACCUAAGAAGAAAGCAAAAACACAACAAAUGGUUGAUUCAGUUUCACUUGAUGUUGGAGAGGGACCAAGUCAACCAUCUCUGUCUUCUGUUACUUUCGAUUGAGUCUAUGGACGAUGGAUAGGUGUUCAAGCUUGAAGAUGGAUGUUUUUUAGUUAUGUGUUUGCUGUCAUUUGCUAUGUUUUUGUGCCUACUUGUUAUGUUUUGAUGGUAUAUUUUGGUACGUAUUUAUGUAACAAAAAUUUAAGGUCAAUGGUUUUUAAACUAUA